AAAAUCUCAACGAAAAGAAACCUCUCUAAUUCCAGAAUAUAUGAAAAUUCUGCGCAUCUAUAAUAAAACACGCAGCUCCAAAACUAAAAAAAUUAAAAUUUCAUAUUUAUCAUUGCACAUGCGGAAACGAUCGACGUUUUUUGAAGCGGAACCACCGCUAGGAGCGGCGGAAGCGCCCGCAAUUAACGAAUCAGAUGGACCUGACUUUAAGGAGAUAUUACAAAAGGUUUUAGAAACUAUACGUGUUUACUAUGGCAUAUUUUGGGCUUGGCUUGAAACAUUGCCAUUGAAACCUGAAGAAACUUUAAGUAUAGCUGCUGGUAUAUUAUUCAUCUUAUUUAUUGUGACUUGUUGUGUAUGCUGCAGAUACUGUUGCCGAGAUAAGGAAAAGAAAAAGGAAGUCAAGGAUAAAUUAGAUUUACGGAAAAAUCAUUUAUUUGGUCCACAUUACGCAGAGAGAGUUCAACCUCGUUUUGACGAAAUUGACUAUAACAUUGAAAGCACGAUGUUCGAUGCUUUAGCAGAAAUUAAACUGGGUCAAGUUAGAUUUUCAUUAGACUUCGACAACGAAGAGAAUAUUGUAGAGAUAAUCGUGCAUGAAGCAAAGGAUAUUCCCGCAGCUGACAUUUCCGGUUACUCUGACCCGUAUGUUAAAGUUUUACUGAAACCUGCUGGUAAAAAAGAAUACAAAACAAAAACUAAGAAAAGCACACUAUGUCCGGUGUACGAAGAAACCUUUUAUAUAAAAAAUGUUACCUACCCAGGGCUAACCAACAGUACUUUAUGGUUAAAAGUCUACGAUUUUGAUAGGUUUGGUGGGCAUGAUUUGCUGGGUGAAGCAAAAAUACCGGUAAACGAUUUAGAUUUAACAAAAGGUAAAUUAACACAGUGGAGGGUAUUGGUACCGGAGUUUAAAUCAGAAGUCGGAACAUUCGGUAAAAAGACUGGACUUGGUGAUAUAUGCAUAGGACUCGGUUAUUCACCGAACUCCAGUGUUUUAGCUAUAUUUGUCUUGAGUUGUAAAGACCUACUCUCAGUGGACGACGGAGGAUUUUCAGAUCCAUAUGUUACUCUCUUUUUAAUUCAAGAUGGAAAGAAAAUCAAGAAAAGGAAAACAACAGUCAAACUUCGAACUUUAAAUCCUGCCUUUAACGAAUCGUUUGCGUUCGAAGUCGAUUUCGAAAAAAUCGAAGAAACUUCCUUACUUUUUGUUGUGGCAGAUUAUGAUAAAGGCCAACCUGGUGAACCAAUAGGACAGUGUAUGAUUGGCCAGCUUGGACAAGGCUUGGGAGCAAAACACUGGGAAAAAAUGAGAAGGUCGCCUGGAAAGCCGAUAUGCUUUUGGCAUAUGUUAAAACCUGUGCUUGUGCCAGAAUAACCUUCUCAUUGUAUUCUCAAUUUAACAAAUAAAACUUCCUCUUGCUUUCUCUUGUUACGUUAUUUAAAAGCAAAGAUUCGUUAUUUGUCGGAAAAACGGAUGUUUUUUAGACUUGUUGAAGGAAAGUUCAUAUAGAUAAGACUAAUUGCUCCUAACUAUGUGUUGAUUUUUUUCAUACGUAUUUUAAAACCACAGUUUUAUUUAAACACGUGUGCAUUUCGUAACCACGAUAACCUUGUAGUAUGGAUAAAGUUCAUUUUUUUUUCUUUCUUUCGCACGCUGUGUAAUGUGAUCCUUUACAAUAUUAUCACCCUGAAAAAUCUUAAUAGCUGCCGAAAAUUGCUGUUUGCCGGAUAUCUAUGACUUGUAUAUACUUCCGAUACCUUCUUCGUGGGUGCUUUUAAGUGCGACACUUCUUUGUCUUGUCAGGAAAGUUGUAUACCCGAUGGAACAUAGUUGCUUAGGGUGAAGGAAACAAUAACAAAUUCCUAAACUUCCUUAUUAUUCAACCUCUGAAAAUACAAAAUUUCUAAAUAUACAAGUUUUUUUUUCUUU